GGUUGAAAUUGUUGCAAAGUAGUUUAGGGUUGGAAACUGUAUAUUAGCUCUGGUUAAGUUUGAUUCUGAAACUUUCAUUACUUCAAUGUUCAAAGUUGUUGGUUUCCCACUUGAAGAUAUGAACUUUGGUUUUAAUUUUCAUGAAAAGCUUUGAUUUUUUUUAUUUUUUUUUAACCAUGUUGUGUAGGCCAGCUUUCGCCCACCUCCAUUAGUUCCACGACAUACCUGCCACUUCCCACUAGCGCUAACUUUGUUCACCAAUGUUAAGAUAGAUGAGAAAUAAUCACAUAGUGUUUUGUCUUGAGACCUCAUGGUUUUCUACUCACUUCAUUCACCACUAGGCCACAUCCUUGCGAGUUGAAAAGCUUUGAUUUUUGUUUUUGUUCAAAUAAAAUGUGUUUGUGGGUCUUGUCUAGUUGUUUGGCUAGUCAAGCUUUGUGCUUGGAUUGUUUGGUUGUAAGAUUUCAAAGUGUUGAACUUUUGAUCAAAAGGUGUGAUUGGACUUCUCCAGAUGAAUGUGUUUUGGGAUGUCCUGUUUACUAGAUGAUGGUGGAAUCAGCGGCAUUAAGAAGUGAUAGAUGUGUGAGAAAUUGAGUCUGCAAUUGGGAAACAACACUUACGGAUUGGUGAUUUUUGCGUUUAAAUAAAGAUGGAAAAGAAUAGUGGAGAGAAUUGGAGGGAGAUGGUGAGGAGGAUGCUUCCUCCAGGAGUUCCCCUCCCUGAGGAGGAUGCGAUGAAUUACUCAAUAGCAUCAGAGUAUACUGGUCCUCCAAUAUCAUAUGAGCUUCCUAGAGUAGAACCCGUUGAUGUGAAAUCAGGUUCAACUCCCACAGCAUCUACAGCUGAACUUCUUUCAGAAUCAAGAAGAUCCGUAGGCCAGGAUGUUGCACCUGUUAUAGAGCCAAUUCCAUUGCACGUGUCUCAGCAACCAAGUCAAGGUCCAAGGAUUUCAGGUAGUUCAGAGUCCCAGGUGUCUGUUCUGCAGAGCCCUGAUUCUUCUUCAGGUUCUCCCUCGGCAUCCCCUGGGUCCGAGCAUAAUCCCUCUGAGAAUGCUGCAAAGCACAAUGAAGGGAGAAGAACCCAUAUGGUCACUUUCAAUACUAUUAAUAGAGCUGAAAGAAAAGUGGUGGACAUUGAGAACCGAGUCUUUCCGGAAUAUGUUGGAGUUUCCAAGGAAAGAAAGAAGAAAAAGAAAUCAAGAUUCUGCUGUAGGUGUGGGAAAGGGAAGUGGGAAAACAAAGAGUCAUGCUUGGUUUGUGAUGCAAAGUAUUGCAUCAAUUGUGUGCUCAGAGCAAUGGGUUCAAUGCCUGAGGGGCGUAAAUGUGUAAGCUGCAUCAGUGAACCAAUUGAUGAGUCAAAGAGGUUCAAGCUUGGCAAACAUUCAAGAGUAUUAUCACGUUUGCUUAGUCCCUUGGAAGUCAAGCAAAUAAUGAAAGCAGAAAAAGAAUGUGCUGCUAAUCAGCUCCGACCGGAGCAGUUGAUUAUUAAUGGAUUUCCUUUGAAGCCUGAUGAGAUGGCAGAACUCUUUGGGUGCUCUUUACCGCCUCAGAAGUUGAAGCCUGGAAGUUAUUGGUAUGACAAGGAAUCUGGACUUUGGGGAAAGGAAGGAGAAAAGCCUGACAGAAUUGUGAGUUCAAACCUGAAUUUUACUGGGAAACUUAGUCCACAUGCAAGCAAUGGAACCACACAGGUCUAUAUUAAUGGCCGAGAGAUAACUAAACUGGAACUCAAGGUGCUGAAGCUUGCAAAUGUGCAAUGUCCCCGUGACACUCAUUUUUGGGUAUAUGAUGAUGGUCGCUAUGAGGAAGAAGGUCAAAACAAUAUUCGGGGUAACAUAUGGGAAAAGGCGUUUACGCGGUUUAUCUGCUCCCUGUUGUCGCUGCCAGUACCUUCCGGUCAGCCCCAUGGACAGAGAGAUGAACCUAGCAAUUAUACUACUGUGACAAAUUAUAUAGAGCAAAAAAGGGUUCAGAAGCUACUUUUACUUGGUCUUGAAAGUUCCGGAACAAGCACUAUUUUCAAACAGGCAAAAUUUUUGUAUGGGAACAAGUUCACUGCUGAAGAAGUUCAAGAUAUCAAGCUGAUGAUUCAAAGCAACAUGUACAAAUAUCUGAGCAUUCUUCUUGAUGGAAGGGAGUGGUUUGAAGAGGAGGCUUUGUCAAGAAUAGAGGCUGAAGGUGGUGUCAUGGGAUCCGCCGAAACUAACCAGUGCAUCUAUUCCCUGAACCCAAGGUUGAAGCAUUUCUCAGAUUGGCUACUGGACAUCAUUGCCACCGGAGAUUUAGAUGCAUUUUUCCCUGCAGCAACACGUGAAUAUGCUCCUCUGGUUGAAGAGGUGUGGAAGGAUCCUGCUUUACAGGAAACAUACAAGAGAAGAAAUGAACUUCAUUUCCUUCCAGAUGUAGCAGAUUACUUCUUGAGCAAGGCUGUUGAGGUAUCAAGCAAUGAGUAUGAACCUUCAGAGCGAGAUAUACUGUAUGCUGAAGGAGUUACCCAAGGCAAUGGUUUGGCUUUUAUGGAGUUCUCCUUGGAUGAUCGUAGUCCAAUGUCUGAAACCUAUGGAGACAAUCUGGAUGCUCCUGCACCGCCUCUGACUAGGUACCAACUAAUUAGAGUAAAUGCCAACGGAAUGAAUGAAGGUUGCAAAUGGUUGGAGAUGUUUGAAGAUGUUCGCGUUGUAGUAUUUUGUGUGGCCCUGAGUGACUAUGAUCAGAUGUGGCUUUCUCAGGAGGACUGUGGUAGCGGUACACUUGUUCAGAACAAGAUGGUGCAUAUCAAAGAACUCUUUGAAACAAUGGUCAGACAUCCCUGUUUCAAAGAAAUCCCAUUCGUUUUAAUCUUGAACAAGUAUGAUCUGUUCGAGGAGAAGAUCCUUCGUGUACCAUUGGACUCUUGCGAGUGGUUCAGCGAUUUCAGUCCAAUGUGGGCUCUCCAUAAUAACCUAUCACUAGCAAACCAAGCAUAUUAUUAUGUCGCAAUGAAGUUUAAAGACCUUUAUACUUCUAUCACUGGUAGAAAACUAUUUGUGUGGCAAGCUCGGGCAAGAGACCGAGUUACAGUUGAUGAGGCAUUCAAGUAUAUAAGAGAGGUCGUGAAGUGGGACGAGGAAAAGGAAGACACCUACUAUGGUGGAGCUGAGGACUCAUUUUACAGCACAACUGAUGUUAGUUCUUCACCAUUUAUCCAACAGGGAAUGAAUUAGCUUAGACAUAUCUUAACGUUUGUAGAUUUGACAACGAAAAAAGGAAGUGAGGUCAAAUAAGUUCUAAUCAAUCUAUUUUCACUAUGGUGUAAAUUAAUAGUGAAAGUUUCUUUGAUGGCAUUGGAAGUUUUGGGGAAUUCAAUACUUGUAUCAUCCUGUUGUAUGAUCUUUGUUGUAACUUGUAAGUAGCAACUUAGUGGUUACCUUGUUUGCUUUUUAUUC